UCAGUGCGGACAGGGCUUCAGACUACACAUCAUCUUCACUCCGACACGAUCAAUGGUUCCUGCGACUUCAUCGUGAUUUCUGUCUACCAUCUUCCGUCAAAAGAGGUUUCCAAACAGUUUCCAACGAUACGUAGGAGACAUCACUUGAAGGUGGAAGAAUUUAAAUCCUGAAGUCACUCCAGAAGACAAUCCAACUUUAGUGUCUAUCUAAAAGGCCUACUUAGGACAUGGUGACCAGUAGCAUGAAGAAUUUAUCAGCCUAUUGCUUAGCGGUUACAGCAGUGGGUAUAUUCUGCCUCCUAUUCAAGACACCUCCAAAGAGUCGCCUCUUUUCUGCUGUUUCACCAAAAGUAAAACUGGAAAGAGAAUUUCAGUUACAUCCUCGCCAUUUCACUGUAUCUUUUGCGGUCUCCUCUCCUAAUUGCUGGUCCAUGUUCAACGUUGGAGCUCAGAGACUUUCGUCAGGAAAAAAAAUGCCAAGCAGGAAACUUGAAUAUGGAUUGGCACCAGGAACCAGUUACUAUGAGGAACUGAGUGGUACUCUGCCCUCUGUUUUGAGAAUACUGCCCAAUGGAACUUCAGAUUUACUUCGCACUUCCAGACUUCAGGUGGCAUUUGAGGCAAAAGGAAACCCGCAACAAGUUUUCCCAAGUGUUUCCAUCUUGAUGUGA